UCCUGGUGCGACAUACGAAAGAAAAAAAACGUUCGUUUUUAUAGUGAACGACUUUUGGUCGCUGUUGAAUGUUGUAAUGGUCAAAUUCGAAGUUUUAGUUUUAUAGUUCUAGAAUGAGAUUUUCGAUUGCUUGAUGAUCGUUCGAUCCUGACUGCGGACUGGUGUAAAAGAGGCACCAGUCGAUCACCGCCUGCGACACUCAGUAAGAGAGAGAGAGAAUGGAAAAGACUCUCCGGGAAGUGUUGAAAUGUUGUGUUGUUUGUUUGUUUAUAUACGUAUUUUUAUUAAUGAAGUGCUUGCUCUUCGACGUGAUCGUUUGAGUUUUGCUUUUGCGAGUUCAUCGGCGUGAGUGGUAGGUAAAGAACGAAAAUAAGUCCGCUCGGUACGAGUGAGAGCGGCGUAAGACCGAGAGAGCCCGAAACCGAUAAGCGUUAGGUGCAAGAAGAAAAGUGGAAAGCUUCUUUUCUUUUCACACCGGCCAAUUUCAUGUUUUAUUGCUGGAAAAUCCCAUAGCAAUUUCGUGAGAGAGAAGGCGAUCGAGCGAAGAAAGGAAACAAAAAAAGGAGGUGGUGACGAGUCCGAAAAGUACACAGACAUUUGAUGAAGAGGUGAAAGAAGAGGGACAAAAACAAAAGGUGAAACGCAGGCAAAGCGAAAAAGCGUGCCGAUCCGAGAGCGAGUGUGAACGAUAGAAGGGGACGAAUAGCGAAAUAAUACUAACCUCUCGGAGGCGCUAGAGGCGGCAGCGCGAGCGAGAACGAGAGCAUGUGCAGCAGAGCGGAAAAGAGAUCGACGGCGGCGUUCCGGGCAAGUGUGAGAAUCCACUCAAGGGGCGAAGAGGUAGAGAUUCGGCAGUAGCGGCAGAGCAGGCACGAGAAAGGUGCAGCCCGAAGGAUAUCGUCGGCCUAGUAUCGCAGAGCGUCAGCAUAACAGUUUUCGUGCGCGAUCGUGAUUGAUGUUCGCAUCGGCCCCCAAGAGCUGGGAAAAGCUAGAAAAUCUAGGAGAGAAUCGAGUGUGCAUAGUGCUGUAAACCGUGCUCGGCGGUGCUCGGAAGGAUUUGAUUUUUAUGAUUCUGUUGCAAUACUACACGCGCGACAGCUGGCAGCAAUCGACGGUGGAUUGGGCGAUCUCGGCGUGCAGAACGAUCCAAGCAAGAUUCGAACCCAAGUGGUUACUGCUGUCUGUCUGCCGGGAGGAGGCUCGGACUUACGGGAGUUUUGCGGGUCCUUAAGAGCGGUCCUGCGGUUCUUGUACAGUGCCUACAGUGUUAUCGAGUAUAGUUUCCAUCGAGGAUAGACGUGUGUGAAGUCAUGUUCGCGAAGUUUAGUGGUUGCGUUUGUCAGGUUAUGAGUGUAUGUAAAAAAUAGGAAAAAGAUCUCGAUUCCGACUGAUGGUGAAACAACUGAAGAAGUGCUAGUUUAUGUUUUUUGCGUUGAUUUCUAAAUUUUGGUGAAACACACUUGUCAAGGCAAAAUAAAUUUUGGAAGCCAGAGUGUAGAUUUGUGAGCAUGGAACUGGUGACAUUUGUUCUUGUUUGCCUGAUGGCAGUCAGUGCGAACGGUGAGGUAGAAAGCAAAAGUAAACCCGGCCGGGGACGGGGCUCCAUGUGGUGGGGCAUCGCCAAAGCAGGGGAACCGAACAACAUAUCUCCGCUGGCCAACGGGAUGAUCUACAUGGAUCCGGCGAUUCACGCUACGUUGCGAAGGAAACAGCGACGACUGGCCCGGGAGAAUCCCGGGGUACUGGCCGCGAUUGCUAAGGGAGCCAAUAUGGCGAUCAACGAGUGCCAGCAUCAGUUCCGCAACCGGAGGUGGAAUUGUUCAACGAGAAACUUCCUGCGUGGCAAAAAUUUGUUCGGCAAAAUCGUGGAACGAGGAUGUCGAGAAACGGCCUUCAUCUACGCGAUCACCAGUGCAGCGGUGACGCACAGCAUCGCCAGAGCUUGCAGUGAGGGUUCGAUCGAGUCAUGCACUUGUGACUAUUCACACCAGAGCAGGGCUCCGCAGGCUAACAGUAUGGGAGCGGUGGCCGGCGUACGGGACUGGGAGUGGGGUGGCUGCAGUGACAACAUUGGAUUCGGGUUCAAAUUCUCGCGGGAAUUCGUGGACACUGGCGAGCGAGGUCGAACGCUCCGUGAGAAGAUGAACCUUCACAACAACGAAGCUGGGCGAGCGCACGUUCAAUCGGAGAUGCGGCAGGAAUGCAAGUGCCAUGGGAUGUCCGGCUCGUGCACCGUCAAAACUUGCUGGAUGCGGCUGCCGAGCUUCCGAGUCGUGGGCGAUCUGCUGAAGGAUCGAUUCGAUGGCGCCUCGCGAGUUAUGGUUUCCAACAGCCUACGAUCGACGGUUAACGAGGCUACCAUCUCGAACCGAGCGAACCCGAACGGGCUGAAGAGUCCCAACCAGGUCGGUUCCAGCCCGAACAGUGUUUCGAGUAAUUCGAUCCACGCGAGAAGUCAUCAGCAGAAGAAAAUCAAUCGAUAUAACUUCCAGCUGAAACCGCACAAUCCAGAUCACAAACCGCCCGGUUCAAAGGACCUGGUGUACCUUGAACCGUCGCCUGGAUUCUGCGAACGAAAUCCGCGUCUAGGCAUUCAGGGAACGCACGGUCGUCAGUGCAACGAUACGUCGAUAGGCGUUGACGGAUGUGAUCUGAUGUGCUGCGGCCGGGGCUACCGAACCCAGGAGGUCAUCGUGGUGGAACGGUGCGCCUGCACCUUCCACUGGUGCUGCGAGGUAAAGUGUAAGCUUUGUCGGACCAAGAAGAUUAUUCACACAUGUCUGUGAAGGCGAUAGCAAGGAUAGCAGCCAGCAGCCAGUCGAGUCAUGAAGAAACGUUCGCUUAUGCUUUUUCCAUGCGUAUACGCCGUCGUCGUCGUCGUCGUCGUCGUUGGGUCCGUGUGUUUGCUUUUUUGCGUUGAUCUCUGAAUCAUAAUCCUGCUGUGGAGCUUGAGCUAAAGCAGAAUGGAACAAAAACGAUGGACAGAAAAAAAAAACUUAUGCGACAGUCUGACUGUCCACUCUGCUAGUUCCAGAGUGGUCGUCGUCGUCCGUUAUGUGGGAACCAAAGUCAGCUCUACCGUAAAAAGAGAAAGAGAGUGGGAGAUGGAGUAAAACGUGAACAUCUCCUUAUCUUAAAUAUUCGACUUUUGUUUUAAAUUAUAAUGGAUGACAUUUGGUGAUUCUACGAGCGAGAACGUUUUUUUAAUCUGCUGGAAUUUCAACUCCUCCGGGAGUAGCUGGAAAAGUUUAAGAUAAAAACCGUGGCAAGAUUGUGAUCCCGAAGAUCAUUCACGGCCGGGUCGUGGGUAGACGGAUCAAAAAAUUGUAAAUACUUCUGCUCUUUUUUUAUAAAUAUUAUUUAAUUAACUGAAUUGACGACCAAAAAAUAUUAUAUAUUUUUGCUUGGAAGCUUUUUCUUUAGUUGUUUUUUGAAUCCGAGAGGGAAAAAUAAUGUUUAAGAAGAAGAUCCUUACCUUGCUUGCUUGCUUACUCCUUUGCGCAACCGUUCCUUUCGCUAGGAACCGUAUGUGUAGCUUUGUGUGUGUACCAUAUAUAAGUAUUUAUUCGUUCGUCCGGAAUAUAACUAAUGCAAAUAAUUGUUUCAGUAUUAAAUGUUCCAUUUAAAAUCUGGUAAACUAUAGUAUUGUGUAACCUAGACAAACCUGAACAGUGAAACCUAGCUCUGUAAGUGAAAACGAGAUCCCAGUUAUUUAAUGUUGGCAUAAUGUAAAAUUGUUUUAUCUAGAUAAGAUGUACAGAGAACAACACAAAUUUUAGUUAGUUGUACGUACCUUAUUGCGUAAUUGUAACAGCCUUAGUUUAUAGACAAGCAACAAUUUAGAACUGACUAACAAUCAAACAAAAGACUGAUAGAAUUUAAAUAAUUUUGCCUCAAAACAAAGAAAGUGUUAGCUUUGUUUUCAAAAUUUACAGCUGUUUUUUAUUGUGAAAAUUACAGUUUAGACACGGGAAAACGCAUCUUGCAACAGAAGGACGAUUCGUUUGAAAUGCACUCCUGUAGGUUCACACCGACUAGUGUGUUCCGAGUCCAACAAUAUUUACAAUCAUUCAGAAAAUCCUUUUGGCUUCGUGGUGGAUAACUUUGACAAUUACUUUUGAAUGGAGUUAAAUUCUAUCUCAUUCGCACUGAAUAAAAGCAAACAUAUCGCGGUCCCUACCAAUCAACAUCUUUGGUAGCAUGGUUUGUCCCUUGAACCAACUAACAUCUACGGAUCGAAAGGACGACUACCGGCGGCAUGUUUGACCGACUCUAUUCUCAAGAAACCUUGAACUUUUCCAUCACGAUUCCCAACUGACGACCAGUACGAAUAUUGCGAAAGCAUUUUAGGAUAAAGUCGCACAAACUCGGUUUGCGACCAACGUGAGAGUAGCAUUCUCCGAUCCCAUUCUUCUGUGCACGUUGCGUUCGAUGAAAAAGUGUCUAUGUUGGAAUCAAUCAAAAUCAUUGCUGAGUUACUAAUCCUCUUCAAGUUUUAGCUUUUCUUCGACGUCACUAGAAAAGCAACCACAAUCGUGUUUAUAUGAUAGUGAUCACUAGUAGCAGUUUAGGAAAUACCGCAGCCGCAAACUUAAUAGGAGCAAACCCAUGCCGUGUAUGAAAAUCUGUUUAUUUAAUAAUAUUCUAUUAACUUAUUAACAAAAAAACCCCUGCGUCCCUGUGUACCUAUCCGAGAACUACUUUCUAGUUAAGAUGUGAACAGUGCCCAUAGCUAUGUAAGAUAGUUAGUGUAGCUUAGCGCGUAGCAUUUCUUCUUUUUGUAAAUAACAGCAGAACCGCUCUUGUAGUAGGACAGGUGAUAAUUGUUUUUAACGAAAUAGUUCCAAACAAUGAACAAACAGCAGCUUUCUAUCUGUGUUUGGCUAUAUUAAUAAUUGCCUAUCGCUCGUUUUUUGCUCGCUUUAGAGUAAAAUGAGUGUUAGGACAUCUUUUUUUUUGCUCUGUAAGAAUAAUAGGUUCCCCCGCGUAGAUAUUUAAAUCGGAUGUUUUUCUCUUGUCAUACCAGCCUUUUGUUUGUGUAACUCUGUGAGAAGCGCAGCAGCGUGUGAAUGUAAAAUAGAAAACGCAAAAUGCAACGAAUCAUUUAUUGAAUGUUGAUGUGAAAUCGGUGAAAAUUCGAAAAUAAAAAC